CCGGAAGUGGGCGUGGAGGCUGUGACAGCGGGCUGGGAAGUUGAGCAGAGCUUGGGGCUUGCAGGGCGGGAACCCCCGAAGCAGCAGCAGCAGCCACCAUGAGGCGGGACGUGCGGAUCCUGCUGCUGGGGGAAGCCCAGGUGGGGAAGACUUCCUUGAUCAUGGCUCUGGUGGGCGAGGAAUUCCCUGAAGAGGUGCCGCCACGGGCAGAAGAGAUCACAAUCCCGGCAGAUGUCACUCCUGAGAAAGUUCCCACCCACAUCGUAGACUAUUCCGAAACGGAGCAGACGGAUGAAGAGCUCCAGGAAGAAAUUAGCAAGGCGAACGUGGUCUGCAUGGUGUAUGACGUGACGGAGGAAUCCAGCAUCGACAAGAUUCGGACGAAGUGGAUCCCCAUGGUGAACGGCGGUGCUGAAAAGGGCUCCAGAAUCCCCAUCAUCCUUGUGGGCAACAAAUCGGACCUACAGACGGGCAGCUCCAUGGAGACCAUCUUGCCCAUCAUGAACCAAUUCUCGGAGAUUGAGACCUGCGUGGAGUGCUCUGCCAAGAACCUGAAGAAUAUCUCCGAGCUCUUCUACUACGCCCAGAAGGCUGUCCUGCACCCAACAGCCCCACUUUACGACCCGGAGGACAAACAGUUGAGGCCGGCGUGUGCGCAAGCCCUCACUCGGAUUUUCAAUAUGUCCGACCAGGAUAACAAUCAGAUCCUAAGCGACGAGGAGCUGAAUUAUUUCCAGAAGUCCUGCUUUGGGAAUCCCUUGGCCCCCCAGGCGCUGGAGGACGUGAAGAUGGUGGUGUGGAAGAACACAACCGACGGCGUCCAGGACAACGGCCUGACGCUCAACGGCUUCCUGUUCCUCAAUACCCUCUUCAUCCAGAGGGGGCGCCAUGAGACCACAUGGACCAUCCUGCGCCGCUUCGGCUACGACGAUGCCCUGGAGCUGACGGACGACUAUCUCUGCCCGCUGAUCCGGGUGCCCCACGACUGCUCCACGGAGCUCAAUCACUUUGGCUACCAGUUCCUGCAGAAGAUAUUUGAGAAGCACGACAAGGACCUUGACGGAGCCCUCUCCCCUGCUGAGCUGCAGAGCUGCUUCCGCGUCUUCCCCUACGUGCCCUGGGGGCCUGAGCUCUACCACACGGUAUGCACCACAGAUAAAGGCCUGCUUUCCCUGCAUGGAUUCCUCUGCCAGUGGACGCUGGUGGCCUACCUGGAUGUCCAUCGAUGUCUGGAGCACCUGGGUUACCUGGGAUACCCCAUCUUCUCUGAGCAGGAUUCUCAGGUUCAUGCCAUCACAGUGACCCGGGAAAAAAGGACCGACUUGGAGAAGGGGCAGACCCACCGGAACGUGUUCCUGUGCAAAGUGAUCGGAUCGCGGGGGGCUGGCAAAUCCUCGUUCAUGCAGGCCUUCCUUGGAAAGAACCUAGCGGCCCAAAAGGAAUCCCUGGGUAGGCAGACGGUCUAUACAAUCAACACAGUUCAAGUCAACGGCCAAGAGAAGUAUUUAAUACUGCAGGAGAUCGACGUGGAGCUGGAGUUCACGAAGGUGUCCGACGCCUCUUGUGACGUCGCCUGCUUGCUAUACGACGUGACGGACUACAAGUCAUUCAACUUCUGUGCCAGUAUUUAUAAGCAGCACUACAUGGACGGCCAGAUCCCGUGCCUCUUUGUGGCCACCAAGUCGGAUCUGCCUCAGACGUCGCCGCAGCGGAGCAUCUCGCCGGCCGAGUUCUGCUACAAGCAACGCCUGCCGCCGCCCAUUUAUUUCACCUGCAACAGCCACGGUGCACCCAACUCUACCGUCUACGCCAAGCUGGCCACGGCAGCCACCUUCCCACACCUGAACGACAUUGACCUGGGAGCUGCCUCCUUCUGGAUCCGGGUGGCCUUGGGGGCCACCGUGGCUGCCGUGGUCGGGGUCACCCUCUACAAAGCCGUGGCGAAGAACAAGUGACUGGAGGGAGGGAGCCCGAGCUUCCUGCCGUUUCUCCGCCCCUCUCCGGGAAAAGCCAGCUUCAUUUCCCGCAGGCGAGGGGCACGCCCGAGGAGAAGCGGGGAAGGGGAACGCGACGGGACCCGAAAUAACGAACUCAUUCCCCAUCCCCACCCCCUUCCUUUGCUCCCUACCACGGUGGGAGGAGGAAAUCCACCAUAGCACCAGCAGAAGCAGAAUUAGCCUCAGCGUUGUGCCACUGGCGGGGGGCCCAGACUUGCCUUCAUUCCAUCUCCCCAAAGUAUUUAUCCCACACUCAGGGAGCCCCCCCCCCUCCAACUAACGCUUCAGGUACCCCGUAAUUCCCUCUGCUGCUAGCUGGAUCUCGAGGCUGAGCUUCCAUUUAAUUUAUUCUGGGGUUUUACUUUUUUUACCACAUCCUGACGUCUGUGAAGUCUGCAGUGGCUGCAGUGUUUCAAGGAAGCAGGUGUGUGCAUUUUUUUUCCAAAAAAAGAAAAGAGAACUGUUUGUUUUAAGGUCGCUCAGAGCCUUGAGAAGCGGCGCGUGUUGCUCAGCUAUAUUGGGCCGUCCCUGCAGGGUUCUCUCUUCUGCCUCAAAUUUUGCAGGGAGGAGGUAGUUUUGCGCGUACCGUCGUGAGCACUGGAGAGGCCAAAGCCUCAUGGGACAUUUUCCGGGAGGGGCUCUCGGCAGUAGAGGAGCUCCACACAGGUGUGCGGUGCCUGGUGCUUAAAUGUGGAGGCCUUUAUCAGAACAGAACUGACAAAGGUGAGUGAGGAAAAUGCGAGAAAGAUGGAGCGUGGCCUGCAAAGAGCUUCCCUCAGGUGUUCCACCAUUGGUAGCCAUGCCGUGGGGUUGGUGCAGGCCCAGCCCAUUCCCUUUGGGCCUCGUUGCCCCAGUUCUCCUGGGCAGGCUGAAGCCGACCAUCUGAGGCCUACCAGGAAGCCUCCAACUAGCAGAGGAAGCCUUGGACUGUUGCUAAGCAACCAUCACUCCCUCCAUCUUGUCUGUUGCUCUUCCCUACCUCAGACCUGAUUUCAGUUUCGGGGGUUUCUGUGGUGUUCCUAUGGUGAAAGAAGAGGGUUGUGAUGAUAAUGGUUAUACACACACACACACACCAAGUCCACUUGGCGAAUGUUUGAAUAGUUCCCCCCCCCGCCCCCGCUUUCUGUUUUGUGUUUUCAGCCACAGUUUGACACAUAGGUUUGAACAGAAGCUCUUUCCCUUGGAGUCGGCCCCAAAUUUGUAUCUGCUAAAUUUCUGGGCGUCUGGCUGUUAAUGAAAAAAAAAGUGUGUGUGGGGGGGGGGGGGGGAUACCAAGCCAGUAGGUUUGUGUAUCUGUUGCUGUGGUUCUAGGCCCCACUCUUGACUCCUGUUCGUAGACAGUCGUGUAAAUAUGUACAUGAUUUAAGGAAAUCAUUUCUGUUCUUUCCUUUGCAAAUUUAAAAGGGACUUCCUCGAAGACAGGUUGCUUUGUCCUUACGGCGACCAGUGAAAGGCCUUUCUGUUCGGUAUCCCUUUGUCCCUUCUCAUGGUGGUGGAGAGAAUCUCUUUCUAACUUUAUUUUAGGGUGCGCUCCUCUGGCGGCUGAUGCCACAUAGCCAGAAUCCCCAGCGCCCAUGAUGCUUAGUGGGAAAUGUGAUUGCUGAAUCUGGAAACGUGAAGCAGCCUCCCGUGCUCGGCCCUUUCUUCCCUGGCUGCCACGAUCCCAAGAGCAACCUCAGCUGCGUCCACAUUCAUUCCAGUCCUCCUCCCACGGAAUCCCUUUCCUGUUCAGGGGAGCUGACCUUGUAAACAAACCCUCUUAGCCGUAUCUGAGUGAGAAACUGGGCCUACGAGGGCUGGUAGGAUCCAUGCCAGUCUCGUGGAAGGCCUGCUGCUGUGGCGUAGUCUAGUUGAUCCUGAUUUUCAGUCACUUCUGUCUUGCUCACGGGCCCACAGAUCCUCCCCUUUUCAGGACCCCUGAAAAGAAUGAUCCCGUUUUCUAAGCUUCAGUUCUUUUGGCUGGUUGUAACCACCCUGUUUUUGACCUGUCCAAUGUCAACGGAGCUGGGGGGAUCCUAGGUGGCUCAUUAAAUGACUGAUGCCUGGAUCUCAGCCUUUCGUGGCCACUAUCAGAGAGGGUAAGACUGAACAGCUCGCUUGUGGGAAGAUGCCAGGCUAUGUCGGUCUGUCUCUGUGCUUUUGCAAUCCCCCCCCCCCAAAAAAAACCCCGGCAUUUCCGAGUGUCUGAUGUGAAUCUGUCUGCUUGUCCUGGGUCAGAAUGUCUUGGGUAUGUUCCUGUCUCAGGAUAAUCUUUCUGGUUUGGUGUCCUGUCAGUGGGCACCCAGUCGGCCUGCGUUUUGGGAAGGCCUGGGGGGCCUCCUUGCUAGACCCGUUCAGAAGGCAGUCUCUCUAGGGCUGGUUGAAGAUGUUUGCCAUAGUCUGAGCAGCAGAAGGCCUCUGAGGGCAUCUUUUGUGGGAGCGUGCAAGUGUGUGGCAGGUCUGUUUCUUAUGGAUUUCCAGCAAGCAUUCUCUCCCUUUUCUGGACCUUUGUUUUGUAUGUGCCUACGUGGCAGUUCCACAUCCCCAGUACAACACUAUUCUGUUCUUGUCUCCUACUACACGUGUUGACCAGGCCUCGAGCCUUUAAGACCAAGUCCCUUUCCCUAACCCAGUCCCGUUGUCUCGCUACCUCUGGCAUAUCCCACAGCUGAGGGAGACGUAAGUCUUAAAGGGCCCUCUCUUCAUUUGCCAGGACAUGGGCAGAGAAGGACAUUGGCCGGGGUUUGGAAGGAAGUGAGCAACUGAGUGGUGUGGAUGGGGGUGCUGGUGUCAGAUUUGGUUCAGGGGGUGCCAGCAACUUACUGCUGACUUCACUGGCCCUGAAGCUUGGAGAAUUAGCCAAUGACACUUCAGCCGCGAGAGACCGCCCUUUCUCACGGGUCUUUUAGGGACAGCGUUUUGAUGCAGCCCUUUAAACUCAGGAACCGGAUUGCUGGACCGCAACGCUGCCCCAAGCAAAAUCUAAGCGCGCCCGAAGUACCAGGGCAGCACCAGAACAAAAAGGCAUAUUCAGUGCUUGGUCGAUUUCCGGUUGCCGGGAUUGGGGGGAAUUGUAGCCUGUUCUUGUGAAAAUUAAAGCAGAGCGUCCAUUGUGAAACUUGACAUUCCACAUUGAAAGGAAGAGGGACCAGUAGCAGGGAAGGCGAGCUGUCGCCCUCUCGUGCCAGCAUUGCCCUAGAGUAGACUUCUGUCCGGUUCAUUUACUUGAAAUGAACGGGGGCCGGAUUUUCUCCACCACCUUCCCUGCAUCUUUAGUGUGAAGUCCAGGUCACUUCCUUGGAUGCCCAACACAGGAUCUCACCUGAAUUCUUGUCCAUGUGGCCUCUUUGAUUGACGCCAGUGUGGUACACUAAGGCUGUAUCUGAUCAGGUUCUUGGCAGCCAGGAGUGAUCCUACGUUGCUUGGGACAACCUCUCCGCCUCCACCUCUUUCCUGCGUCAUUCGGCCCCUCUUGUUGAGUACUUGAAAACUGGCUGAGUACUUGUUCAAGUCCUGAGAAGCCUGUCGCCCUUUUGGCGCGUGUUUCAGAACCAAAGGAUGCGGCCGUUCUCACAUUGCAUUUACUGUUUCUACCCCACCCGGAGCCGAACGCACACAAACAACAGUGGCUUGUUGCUGGGCUGUGUACUGAUGUAGAUGAGUGAAGUGUAUGUCAAGGACAUCCCCAUGGAGAAAGAUAUUUGCCUGCAUGAAGAGAUCUGCAAAGAGGCCUCUUCUCUCCACGCGGGCAGAUAUCUGUACGGGAAAGCAUUCAGUCCCACCAGGGUGUCAAGGGGUGUAGUCGAAGAAUGCUUUUUCUGUGUGUCCAAACCAGGCCAGUGUGGGGCAGAAUUAAAAGGAGAAUUGACCAUAAAUACUGCUGGCAAAGGCUAACCGGCGUCAGCCGUAUUGCAUGCAGGAUCUGAGCUCUCAACCACUCCCGAUUCAUCUGCGGUAGCCAGAGAUCCCUUCCACAACACAUCCAGUUGCGUGUUGACCUCUCACCUCUGUCCCUGCUGCGUGCCUGGCAUGUGUGCGUUGUGCGUAGGGUGCUGAGCCCCCGGGGAGGAUGAAAGGGGCUUGCAAUUCCACCACCCCCUCGUAGCCAGAAUCUCUCGUAUGGCCAUAUGACUUUAUCAGCCGAUUACUGAUGACUGGAAUAAAUUUUUAUGCAUCCGA